UUCCUUUCUUCUUUCCGGGCUAAAAUUGCUCCUCCUUGAGAAUUGAGGGACUGAGAGAUCUUGCAUUAACUAACAAAAUCUGUUGGAAGAGGAUUUUCAUCAUCUGCUUCUAAGAUGUCUUACUCCAGAAGAUCAAGGUAUUCUCAAUCACCUCUGUACAAGCGGUAUGGUAGGUCUGUUUCCAGGUCUCUGUCAAGGUCAAGAUCUAGGAGCUUUUCAAGGAGCCCAUCAAGAGAUGCGGAGAAUCCUGGCAACAAUUUGUAUGUGACAGGGUUGUCUCCUCGGAUUACCAAGAGAGAGUUGGAGAAGCAUUUUGCAAGCGAGGGAAAAGUGAUAGACGUUCACCUGGUUGCUGAUCCAUGGACAAGAGAAUCACGAGGGUUUGGAUUUGUGACAAUGGAAACUGUUGAGGAGGCUGACCGAUGUGUUAAGUAUCUGAAUUCGUCUGUACUGGAAGGGCGUGUCAUCACAGUAGAAAAGGCUAGAAGAGGUCGGGGUCGAACCCCAACACCUGGGAGGUAUCUUGGGCUAAGGACUGUUCGAGUGCGUCGUCAUCGAUCUUCAAGCUAUUCUCCUCGCCGCUCCUCAAGUUAUUCUCCUUACGGAAGAAGCUAUAGUCGAUCACCAUAUUCUUCUGAUCGCAGCAGGAGUCGUUCUUAUUCUCCUUAUCGCAGUCGACGGAGGUCUUGCUCCCCAUAUUAUUAUAGUCGGGAUAGAUCAUAUUCUCCUUAUUAUCGCCGAAGAUCCUAUUCUCCUUAUUAUCGUCACAGGUCAUGCUCUCGAUUCUGCUCACCAUACAGCAGGUCACCUGUCAGAAGGCGCGAUAGAUCAUACUCUCCUUAUGACUCGCCUGACGAUCGCUACUACAGAAGAUACCGUUAUAGGUCCAUUUCCCCAAGUGCCUCCCCAAGGCCAAGGAGAAGCUCGAGGUGGUAUUCUCGCAGUGUCUCUCCUGUGAAGAGGAGGAGCUUAAGGAGGAGCUAUUCUCGGAGUCUGUCCCCUAGGCCAAGGAGGAGUUCACGAAGGAGGAGCUAUUCUCCAAGUCUGUCCCCAAGACCAAGGAGGAGCUCACGAAGGAGCUAUUCUCGCAGCAUUUCUCCCAGACCAAGAGGCAGUAGAAGGGUUUCUUCUAAACGUUAUAGAAGCUACUCAAGAAGUCCAAGUGUGAGUGCAAGUUCAAGAUCGGUAUCAAGGUCUUCUACUCCUGGAUCAGCGUCUCCUUGAAAUUUGCUGGUUCUGUUUUGGCUUUGCCUUUAUAUUCCUAGUUAUUAUUGGUGGGGACCAGAUAUGUGGUAGUGUAUUUGAUUUUUUUAGCUGUGUAAGGAUUAGUCUCAGUAGACAGUAUUCCAUCGUUUAUCAUAUUAAAUAAAUAAUAAUAUUAAUGGUGGCAAA